CUGUUUUCCCGGCUGCGUCACAGAGACACGUUGACCUCGUGUUCGAUUCCUGAAGUUCCGUGUUUGCACAAGGGUUUAUGACACCGGCGACUGACAGGCGCAGCGUCGCUCCAAUACCAGGUUGACUAACUUCUGUUUCUACUCGAGCUGCCAAAAUGUCAACGAGCAAGUCGGACCCGAUUCCUGCAGCUCCGAGGAGUCCCCCUCCCGUCCUGGCUCUGGAGCUCACCUGCCCCAUUUGCCUGCGGAUGUUUUCCGAGCCGGUGUCUUUGCCCUGCGGUCAUAUUUACUGUGGCGACUGCAUUCAAACCAUGGGGGAAGGUCUCGACCAACACCGCUGCCCUGAGUGCCAUCUGGAGUUCCGAGGGAACAGAGACAUUGUAAAAAGCUCAAAAAUCAGUCGCAUUGUUGAGUCUUACAAAGUCGCUGGUGGUCAGAUGAAUAAUUCCUCUCAGUCCGAAAUCACGCAGCUCCACGAGAGUCCUGUUGAAGAUGAGCCACGGCAGGACAAGAGUGGACUCGGCCCCCUCAGCUCGGAUCAACUGCCUGCAGCCAGGACGGUGGCAGCGCUCGACCAACCUAAACGUGACCUUGCCUCCAAGGUCACAGAACUGUCCCUGAAACUGGAAAUGGCUGAAAGUCUGCUAAAGUGUGAGACGGAGAGAGAAGUGGAAGCAGCUGCUGCCAACUCUCUGCAGCGAGAUAAAAUAUCUUCACUUGUCAUACAGAUAAAAGAUCUCUCUCUCAAUUAUUGCUCACAAGUGACCAAGGUGAUCGAGGAAGAGCUGGCUCCGUCUGAGGUCGACAUGUCUGCUCGAGUGGCUCGGGCUGCCGAACUGACAAAGCAGCUGAGGACGGCCGUGCUCAGAGCCGAGUCUCUUCUGACCGAAGACGAUGAGGCUGCGUUUAGUGAGGAGCUCCAAAGCCUGCAACCUCACAUCGCAGAAUUGAUCAAAAGUCCUGUAGAGCCAGAGAAGGAUCGACCUGAGUGCAAGGCCAGUCCUGCUCGCAUCUGCUCCAAACUUGAGCAAGUCAAUUUGGAGCUCAGGGAAGGCCUCACAGCAAUUCAACGCUCUCUUCGGAACGCUGUCAAUCCUUCAGAGGUGACCUUUGACCCGGAAACGGCCCAUCCUAAUCUGGUUCUCUCCGAUGACAGGAAGACGGUGAUGUUCAGUGCUGCCAAACAGCUGUACCCAUCAUCUGCUGCAAGGUUCACCAGCUUCUUUCAGGUCCUAAGCAGCCAGAGCUUUCAGGAAGGAAGCCACUGCUGGACGGUGGAGUUGGAAGGGGCCCCCUGGAUCAUUGGCUUGGCUUACAGUGAGGGCUUUGAGCGUAGUGGAGUGGCCUCGGCUCUGGAAAGCAACCGGAAUUCCUGGUGUCUAAUGUGGUUCAAUAAUCUCCUGACGGCGUUUGAGAAAGGUCAGUCAGUCCCACUGAAGAAGACAUCAUUAUCACGACAGCUGGAGAUCCGCUUGUGCUUCAAGACCCACAGCAUAAGCUUCUUCAACAUCAGCCCUUACAGCGAAAACACGCAUAUUUACACUUUCAAGGCUGUGUUGACGCAACCUGUGCAUGUGGCUUACAGGAUGCUGUCCGGACACCCCAAAGGACGUGUCAGCAUCUCUUCAUAAACACAAAUGUUGGGCUCACAGGAGCUGCUCUAGAGAGUCCACCAGUAACGAAAAGACUGGUGUGUAAGUAUAGAGUAUUAAAUCAGUGUAUGGUGUGAUGGUGUGGUGUCUUUAUGUUUGCCAGAUCAACUGCAAAACGUUCUGAAAGCAAGCUUUACCCUGCCAAGGCCGUACUCUUAACUUCGGACAUGUAUUUUCUUGAAAUGAAUAAAUCUAUAAAAUAUUUGUCAAAAAUUUUCCCUAUUAUUUAGAUUUAUUGUACUGAAAUAUUAAUAAAACGUAAUAAUUAACUGUGUCACCGUGUAUCCUCGCAGCAAACAGGGAAAUAUUAAUAUGUUUUGCAUUCAAUUUGUUAUUCAAAAUAAAUCUAUUCAUUGUUUUUCUUCCAUAUUCUCUUAUUUUCACAGCAUUUCACAACAUAUUUGAUGACACAUCUAUAAAUGCUGUGUAAUUUAUUUAGGAAUAAAACACAGAUAGAUUUAAUUACGCAAAAUACUUGUUCAUAUAAAUAUUUUAAUAUGAUUUGAGAAGGGAAUGGCAAUAU